AUAGCUGCGUCAACCCUAGUGUCAACACCAUCCGACUAUACCCUUUCACAUCAGAUAUCAGAUACCUCCAGUUGUUAGUAUUCACCAGUAACUCCUACACACAGCGAAUAGAAUGGGUUCAAAGCGCAAACACCAACCCGAGAAGGACUGCGCACAUUCGCAGACGUCCAGAAAGCGCAGUCGUCGCGACGUUCAGAAGACACGUGCAGGUUCCCAGUAUGAGAGCGAUGAUGAUAGUGGUGCCAGGCGCCGUCACGGUGAUGACAGACGACUUCCGUACCCAAAGCGCGGGUCUAAGAAUAAGAAGCCUACGAACAUUGUCGCCGAGUUUGCGAACCUCGCCGACUACAACGCACCUCCCGUGAAGCGAUCUCGGACGGAUAUCGUAGCUCAGCUUACCGAUGAUGAAAUGCCCAAGGCCAGGCCCAGCCGUAACCGCGUUCGUGACUUACGAACUUCGGGAUCUACCGCUCAGUCUGCCAAUUUGAGCGAAAAGCUUCGCGUACAGGGUGCGCGCAUCACCAGGUCAACAACCACAGGCGCCCACCGAAGGAAGACAAGCUUCGAGGAGAAAGUCAGGGCAGAGGCUGAUAGGUUGGGUCGUUGGCUUGGUUGGGUAUCAGAAGAAGAGAAGGAUGACGAGAUCGACGUGGAAGACCAAUACAUGCCGCGCUCACAUUCUCGUCGGUAUCCCCCGAGGAAGCCAGGUACUCAAAAUGCACCCUGGAGUGAGCUACCGGGUGAAGUCCGCAAUUUGAUAUAUCAAUACGCCAUGACCAACGAAGAAAAAAAGAUUUUGAACGUUCGCCACUAUCCUAAAGGCGUACCCCGGCGCUCUGUUCGCGGCAUAACUUUUCCGACCAACUUUGCGCAUUCAUAUUGGGGCCUCACUCAAACCUGCCGCCAGGUUCGGAGUGAAUUUACCCCUUGGCUUCUAGAGAAGCGUCGAGUUCGUACCGCGCUUGAGACCAUCAACGACUACUUCAACAUCUUUCAUCGCCCAGAUAAAGACGGUGAGGUGGUAGGGUGGGUGGAGCCCAUCUGCUGCGGCGCAACACUUCCUCAAAAUGGUGUUGAUGUUCUCGCAUUAUUGAAGCUCCAGGAAAAGAGUUCGAAAUUUCAUCUUCAGCUAACUCCGACAACCGUAAGCGAAGCUCUGGACGUCUUGAACAUGCCCGCCGAUCCGGAUGACUUCGAUGAGCUGAAGAUCAUGCGGGACAUGGCAAGAACGUUUCGCGCUUGGUCACAUAAUGACGAUGAUGUUAUCAGCUUGAUAGGCCUGGACGGCAUCCACAUCACCUCGGUACCCAAAGGAAUUAAGAACAUCACCGCUACCACUGAAGAUGGAGAAGAUGUGCAACACGAGAUUCUGAUCAAGUUUAUCAUGAAACUAGGCAAAAUGGAAGAAGCUCUUGAUAAAUACCGCCUACAUUGUCUCAACAAAAUCAUCUUCGUCGCUCAGCUCUCGAACAGGAUCGGUGUGAAGCUAGAGGCUCGGUUUAAGACUGGCUUCGCAAUCUGGAAGGUUCGGCGCACUGGAGCUGUCGACAUGUGCUGGAAGGCGAGAACUGGUGGCAGCAAGAUUUUCCGCCGUUUGACAGAGCAUUGGUAUCAUCCUGGCUACAAAGGAGAAAACUUGGGCUGAGCUUGAGAUAACGCUUGCUAUCUCCUUUUCUGACACCUACGAAAGGAGCUUGAGUACAUUAACGUUAGAAUGGUCUCGGCUUUUGAAGAAUGCAAACAAUUUUGCAACGUCCAACGUACCAUUCGUGCAUCGUCUGGUGAUUACAGCGACAUCGCCAAAGGAAUCGUGGGCAUCUUUAGGACAUAUGAGAUGCACAUUCACAUAUAACGUAUGCGUGCUGGUACCAUAGCC